AUGAAAUUUUUUGAUAAGAGUUAUGAUUAAAAAUUAUUAGGGAGAUGUUCUUUUUAUGAUUACAAAUAUAUAAUUGAGUAUAUGUAGAGUAAAUUAUUUCAUAGUCUGUAUUUAUAUUUAUUAAUUUGCAUAAUAAGUAAGUAGCGCAAUUAAAAACUUUUUAUUAAACAUUCAUUCUAACAAUCAUUUUCCAGAUUAAAUAAUUAAUUAAAACAAAUUUUUAUAUUUAAUAAAUUAUUAUCUAAGUAAAGGUAGAACACCUAAAAAGAGUUAAAAGAGCUAGUUUAUUCUUACAAUUUUCACUUCAAGAUCUAACAGCUUAGCAAAUAGAGAUUCCAAAUAAAUUAUAAAUUAGUUUAAAUAGAAAUUACCAUUUAGAUUUAAAUGUCUACUCAUUUAAGAUAAUAUAUGAAAGAAAAUUAACAAGGAAAUGGAUCUCCUGUUGGAAGCAGCAGGAAAAAUGAAAACUCUUAUGCUAAUGAGUAUGCAAAUACUCUUUAGCCUGCAUAAAAUCCAAUGAAUGGAAACGUUUACUCUUAAUAGUACUAGGCUUAGCCUUCUAACUCUACUUAAGGGUCAUUUGUUAAAUAAAAUUCCCCUUAAUUAGGAGUCAAGCAGAAUAGCCAUCCAGGACACAGCCAAUCUGGCUCUUAAAAUAUUUAUAGCAGUUAAACUAACAAUCAUAUGUAAUCUCAUUCAGCUGCAAAAAGAUAAAAUUCUCAGAGCUCUCUCGAUGGACCCUAAAAUCAAUCACGUCGUUUUUCUCUUUUUUCAAAAAGUUCUUUUGCUACUUCAACAAGUUUUCUUUUCCGUACAAGUGGAUUUCACUAAAAGAAUAAUAAAAGUGUGCCUAAAGUUGAUAUUUGUAACAUUUUUAAGAAAAAGGCAUAUCUUUAUCUAGAUGAGGCCCUUGCAAAUACAUUCGAUGACUUGUUAGAUAAAGGAUACACCAUAGUAAAUGCAAAAAAAGAAGAAAGAGAUAUUAUGAAAGAGCAAGAAGAAGCAAUGAAAGAAGAAGCUCAAUUGCUAGAAAAAGAAAUAGUGCCAUUAAUUAAUGCAUCAACCAAAGUUCAAGAACAAAUCAUAUACUAAUAGCAGCUUAGUGAAAAAUAUCAAUCUGAAAUAGAUUCACUUUGUAAAGAACUGGAUGAACUCAAAGAUCUAAUCGAAAAGCGUAGUGAAGAAAUUUAAAAUAACCAUGAUGACUUAACAAAUGCAAUCAAACAAGCUGAACUAAUGAAUAACGAAAUAAGAGCUUAAAUAAAUAUAAACAAAGCUAAUCAUAGACAGUUAACAAAUCAACUAGAAAAGGCUAAAAAAUAAAAAGAAUAAGAAUAAUCAUAGCUUGUUAUUUAACUUAAUGAAUACAAAAAGUAAUAUGAAGAAAAGAAGCUUUCUUAAGCAGAUAAGUUGCGUAAAAUGGAGAAUAAAUCAAAAAUGUACUUAGGUAUUCUAAAGCAUUGA